AUGGUCCGCAUACUGAUGCGUCCCAAACCGUCCAACUAUUCGUACGUGUUCGAUUUCGAGGAGAAUUACGAUUGCGAUUCGACCAGACAAUGGAUGACCGCCAACUGGACAAACUGCUUUUACUAUUGUGCCAUAUACGCGAUUUUGGUGUUUGGUAUCCGGCGGUUAAUGCGCAACCAUAACGGUUUUCGGCUCAAGGGACUGCUAAUCCUGUGGAACACGAUGUUGGCCACGUUCAGCCUGAUUGGGUUUGCCCGGACGGCGCCCGAACUUUUCCGGGUGCUCAACAAUUACGGACUGCACCAUUCGGUGUGCGUCUCGAGGUGAGCUCACGUGUUUCGUUCUUUUUACUCGCUACGCGUAAACCCUUUCUACAACAAUAUAACAUUAGAAUAUUACAAUUGGAAUAUUAUGAAACUACACGGGGUUCCAUAGUUGUGCUCACGACUGAAGUAUAUUAGAUAAUUGCACUACUAUACCCCCAUUCUAACUUUUUUACACGUAUGGAAAUUAAAAAUGGCAGCGUGGUGGCCUGAAUGUAUGGAAAUGAUAAUAAAACACAGUUAUCCCAAUACCGCAAUUUAGUUUUUGAUUUGAUAACGUUAGAUCGUAUAUGCAAUAACCUGGUACAUCUAAUAAAAUAAUAAAGUAAAAACAAAAUUAUUAAAACGGUUAAUACUCGUAAAUAAAUGUAUAAAUAAAAAAACCGUAUGUUUAGAAAUGUUUUAUUUAUAUAUUUAUUUACUAUAUUCCGGUACAUCUGCUAGUAUAUUUCAAUCAUGGUUGUAUAAAUAUUAUAGCAAGGUGACGAGACUAAAUUGAUAGCUUUCGAAAGUAGGAUUUGUAGACAAAUAUAUAAACCUAUGCUAAAAUACUGAAUACUGAAACUUGCGAACACGGGGAGAGAAGGAACGCGGUAAUAAAUAUAGGGCUAUACAAUGGACUCGGCGUACGAAAUUUUCUAAGACCGAAAAGGUUAGAAUGGGUUGGGUUUUGGCUGCCAUUCAUUUCUUGAUAUAUGUGCGAUAUUACCCGUUGGAAGUUUACAUUUAACAAAACCAAUAGAAAUUAUUUCGGACGUUUAAAAUAAUAAUUAUCCGCAAGGAUAAUGGAUAUUUGCUAUAUUUGUAAACUUUUUUGAAACAGAUAUUAAUAUGAUUACCAAUAAAUUAAAAUAUAAUGUGAUGCCAUGACGAGAUUGCACCGUGGUCAUGACACUAAAAUAUUUAUUAUUUGCUUACGAUUGACGGCUGUGCUGUCCAGUAUUUCAGUAUUUCACUAUAAAGAACAAAUGUUAAUAAUUAAUUGGUAGGUAAUUAUUUUUAAUAAAAGAUCUUAAUGCCUAAUUCAGAUUUAGUUGAAAACCAUUAAUAUUGUACAGAAUAAUCAAUUUAUGAUGAUGAACAAACAAUUUUUUCGGAGGGUUUUAAGUGAAUUUGAUUUCUAUUUUUUCAAAUCAUUACGGAGUCGUUGAAGUUUUAUUUAAAAACUAUUUUUAAUUUGUAUACCUAAUUCGUAUACCUCAAAUGAGUAUAUACUUUUGAUUUUCCAAAAAAUUUUGAUCCAUAUAUCAGUAUAACAUUAAUGUCGAAUUUUGUCGUUUAUGAGUUUGUGUUUUAACAGUUUAAAAUUUAUACAGUAGGUGUAGAGAAGGGUAAUUAAUCCCAUAUCCAUUUUUAGAUGAUAAAUUCAUUAACCUUUCCUCUAUCUUGGUUUAAACUUUAAACUGUUAUAGCUCAUAAUCGGUAUACCCGAUAUUAAUAUAAUACUUAUCAAUAUUUUUUAGAAAAAUAUCCUCCAUUUUAAAGCCACGCUCAUGCUAUCUCUUAUCUUAUAUACUCGUUCUUGAUCUAUUCUCUCGUCAUUAUGCUCUUCCACUUAAGCAUUCUCAUUUAUUUUCAGUUUUAUUUUUUUAUUUACCACCCACCAGUCUUCCAAUCUGCAUAGUUGAUCUCAUCACACUCUUGUAGAACUUACCUUUCAUUUUCAUUGUAAUUCUCUUGUAUCUACCAUAAAAUACUUGACGCUUCUCUCCUCUUGAUCCAAUCACAUUUAAUACUAUGUUUCACUUUUUCGUCAAACUCACCAUUAUUUUGUACAAAAAAUCCUAGUUACUUAAAAUUCUCAACUUCGCCUAUUAAAUCACCGCUUAAUGUCACUUCUUGUUUCGACAAUAUUUUAUCCUCUUCUUUCAAAUUCAUAUUCUAUUUUACUUCUACUUAUCUUUAAUCCCUUUAAUUCAAGUGCAACUCUACAUUCCUCAAGAUUAUUGUUAACUUACUCCAGAUUUUUUUACAUAGAAACUUUAUCAUCUGCAAACAUGCAAACAUAAUGGUACUUUAUCUUGUAUUUCUUUCGUAACUUCAUCCAUUACAACAGUAAACAGGAAAGGGCUCAAAGCUGACACACAUCUACAUCAAUCCAAAAUUCUUUCGUUAUUCUUUCAAAAAUAUUCUCUAUCAAACUCGUCUCCUGGUAUUGAAUGACUAAAUAACGAGCUCCAUGGCGUUUUACACAACCGUCUAGUCAUUCAGCAUUUUACAUAACAAUCGUUAUAUUUUUUUUUCUUCGUCCUGCUUAUAGCUACCUCGAGGACGAUUCGGUAUCCGGUUUCUGGUCCUGGCUGUUCGUGCUGUCCAAGUUGCCCGAGCUGGGCGACACCAUAUUUAUCGUGCUCCGCAAACAACCCCUGAUCUUCCUGCACUGGUACCAUCACAUCACCGUGCUUCUGUACUCGUGGUUCUCGUACCACGAGUUCACGUCGUCCGCACGGUGGUUCGUCGUCAUGAACUACUCGGUGCACUCGAUGAUGUACACGUACUACGCAGCCCGGGCGAUGGGCUACAGGCCGCCCACGCAAAUAUCUAUGUUCAUCACGGCCAGCCAGCUAACGCAGAUGAUUGUCGGGUGCUUUAUUAACUACACCACGUACGGUUACCUGAAGGCGGGUGGCCCGCAGUCGUGCCGCGUGUCCAAGCUGAACGUCACCCUGUCGUCCGCCAUGUACCUCAGUUACCUAGUGUUAUUCGCUCAGUUCUUCUACAACGCGUACAUCCUGAAAUCCAAGGGCGGUCGUGGCGGGGCCACGCAGAAGGCGUCCAAACAGCACUGA